CCCCCGGUCUCGUGGCAGUUUGACCCUUGUUGCCAGUACCAGGUGUCCACUGACUCUCACAGUCUCACCGUGCAGCCCCAUGCCGCUGCGUCGCUGUCCGCACGCUCGCCUGUCGUCCUGGUGCGUCGCGACGACACUCGCCGUAAACUGCUCCACUCGGCCGUCACACUCGCUGCGUCGCUACUCGCCGUUUUGGAGGUGCUACAUCACUUGUGUCAAGUGAUCCUGACAGUGUCGGUGCCGGUGGUGUACUGUACCUGGGAACGUUUACAAGCGAAGAACUGUCUCUCAGUAGUUCCUAAUCGGGGGAAAUCGUUAG